CCUCGGGGGCCCGGGCUCGAGCCAGGGGCGCAGGCGCGGUGCCCAGCGCAGGCGCAGACACAGACACAGCCACCGACCCGACGCAGCCUCGCUGGACCGAGGCCGGGCCGGGCCGUGGGCGAGCGUCUGACCCCGAGCGGGAAAGGCCCCGGGGCUGGCGGAGCAGAGGCUGAGACGGGCCCGGGCCCGGAGCUGAGGCAGGGAGCCGGGGCGGGCCCCGGAGCGGCGUCUCUGAGGUGCCUCCCUCUUCUGGGCCGGGCGGGGCCGAUGUGAGUCCGGAUGGAGCAGCCGUGGGGGAGGCUGAUCCGCCUGGGCGCCGCCGAGGGCGAGCCCCCGGUGCUGCUGCGGAGGAAGGAGUGCACCAUCGGGCGCAGGAAAGGUUGUGACCUUUCAUUCCCUGGCAACAAAUUGGUGUCUGGAGAUCACUGUAAAAUAGUGGUGGAUGAAAAAUCUGGUCAGGUUUCUCUGGAGGAUACCAGCACUAAUGGAACAGUAAUUAAUAAAGUGAGGGUCGUGAAGAAGCAGUCAUAUGCUUUACAGACUGGGGACGUCAUCUACGUGGUUUACAGGAAGAGUGAGCCAGAGAACAAUGUUGCAUAUCUCUAUGAAUCUUUGAAAACAAAGCCAGGCAUAUACCCAGAACUCAUUGAGGCUACUGGAGAAAAUGUGUGCAACGUGACCAAAGAUACCUCAGGUUUAGAAGGAAGCGAUGAUACCCAGGUCAUGCCAUCCUUGCCCAAUGAUCAGUCUUGCUUUGAGGAACCACAGCCAUCUACAUCUACAUCAGACCUCUUUAAUACGUCCUCUACCUCUCUCCUGGAGUCUGCUACUGCUGAGCGGGAGCAUCCUUCUAGACCUGGUGAAGCCAGGUAUGUAAGCACAUCACUUGAAGAUCAGUAUCAGUUUGCCCCACGUGAUGACACCUCCAGCUUCUCAUCAACUCCUCUGGACAAAGAGGGCACAUCAGCUUUCCUGUCCAAACCUCAGGACUGGGAAGACUUGGGGCCUGCUAAAAAAAAAAUGAAAGGAGAUGGGGACACUAAUCUGAAUCUUCAGCUGUUUGUCACAGACCAGUGUAAAAAUAGCAGGGCCAUUCCUGAGGAAGUGAAAGCAGGAAACAUGAAACCAGACAAAAUGGAAGAAACUCUCACUUGCAUCAUUUGUCAGGAGUUACUGCAUGAUUGUGUGAGUCUGCAGCCCUGCAUGCACACCUUCUGUGCCGCUUGCUAUUCAGGUUGGAUGGAACGGUCCUCUCUGUGCCCCACGUGCCGCUGUCCAGUCGAACGGAUAUGCAAAAACCACAUCCUGAACAACCUUGUCGAGGCCUACCUUAUCCAGCACCCAGAUAAGUGCCGUAAUGAAGAGGAUAUGCGCAGCAUGGAUGCCAGGAAUAAAAUCACCCAGGACAUGCUGCAGCCAAAAGUCAGAAGGUCCUUUUCAGAUGAAGAGGGAAGUUCCGAGGACCUGUUGGAACUUUCUGAUGUGGACAGUGAAUCUUCAGAUAUCAGCCAGCCAUAUGUUGUAUGUCGACAGUGUCCUGGUUAUAGAAGGCAGGGCGUGCAGUCUGUCCCCUGCCUGCUGCCUGGGAGUGAGGGAGGUGCCUUCGAGGCCCCUGGAGAUGCCCCCUCCACAUCUGCCAGCUUUCCUGCAGCUGCCCAGGACUAUGUGUGUCCCUCCCAAGGAAGUCACGCCAUAUGCACUUGCUGUUUCCAGCCCAUGCCAGACCGACGAGCCGAGCGGGAGCAGAACCCACAUGUCGUUGCCCCACAGCAGUGUGCCGUGUGCUCACAGCCCUUCUGCCACCUGUACUGGGGCUGUACUCGGACAGGCUGCUCGGGCUGCCUGGCACCAUUCUGCGAGAUAAAUCUUGGUGAGAAAUGUUUAGACGGCGUGCUGAACAACAACAACUACGAAUCAGACAUUCUGAAGAAUUACCUAUCAUCCCGGAACUUGACAUGGAAGAAUGUGUUAAAUGAAAGUCUGCUGGCUCUUCAGAGGGGACUGUUUCUCCUGUCAGAUUACAGAAUUACUGGAAACACUGUGCUGUGUUAUUGCUGUGGCCUACGUAACUUUAGAGAGCUGACAUACCAGUACAGACAAAAUAUCCCUGCUUCAGAAUUACCAGGGACUGUAACAUCUCGUCCUGAUUGCUACUGGGGGCGCAACUGCCGGACUCAGGUUAAAGCACACCAUGCCAUGAAAUUCAAUCAUAUUUGUGAACAAACACGCUUCAAGAACUAAGCCUUGAAGUACUGAAAAUCUUGGAUAUUUGUAUGUAAAACAAAAAAAUUUUUAAAGACCUCAGAUAUGGAACAUAAAUGUUUUCAGGGCAUUUUUUAAGUUCCCUCUUGGAGGGGAGUUGGAUAUCUCUGCAUCAGGUACUGGUGUGAUUUUUUUUUUUAUUUUGUAGAGCUUUACACUUGAGUAAGACCUUUUUUACGUAACCUGAGGAGCACUUCAUGGUGCCCAUCAGGCAUGCCAUCCCUGCGGCAGCAGACCGGAAGAGGCACUCAGGACGGGCAGGAAUGGCACCAAAGGUCAUGAGAUGUCCUGAGGCCGAGUGUUUGCUGUGCAUGGGGCUGGGUGAAAACCAUUAUUGUCAAAGGAAAAAAUUCGCCACCAGUCCCCCCCAAUCUGUUUAGAGGAGAGCCUCGUUUUGUUUUUUCUACCUUCACCAAAAUGGUUGUUAGAUCAGGAAUCCCUUUUUACCAAGAAUUUCAUAUGGCAAAAAAAGGAUAAAAAAUUAUCGAAUACACUGUUUCCUUGUUGCUUAAGAAAAAGAAGCAAAUGUUUACAGCCCGUAGGGCAUGCCUAGUGCUUUGCUGUAGGAAAAAAUUUGAUUCAUAUACAUGUGUGUGCGAGUGCGUUUGUUUUAGGUUAGUCAGUCUGGUGCUUUUCAUUCCUUAUUAGAAUUAAAUCUCACAAGCAGCACAAAUAAUAUAAUGUAUCAUUUAUAAGCCAGUUAGAAGUUGGGAGACUGUCCUGCAUAUAGGGAAUGUUCUGUGUGUGUCUGUAGACCUUCAAAAACAUGAAGACCAAACAGUGUCACUGGCACAGAUUCCCCUCAUUAGCACACUAUGACUCUCAUACAUGCCUCUUAGUGUUGCCACCUGAGGGAGGGACCACUUGGCAGUACAUAGCUGCUUUAUUACAAGAAACAAACGUUUGCCACAAGAGAGACGGCCUUCCACAUUGUUUAGGCUUGUUUGACAGCCAAAAACAAGCUUCCUAAUCUUUUCAGAAACAUUUCUUUUCAUUGGAGACAGGUGUUUCCCCAGCUGCAUCAUUCUCUCUGGAAUUGACUUCAACAAAUAGUUAUUAAGUAGUGCCUAUCUAUUAUGCCAGGCAUUGGGCCCCAUCCUGGGGGCACAAAGACAAAAAUCAGAAACAUCUCCCGCUGUUGAAGAGCUACAGGUGGCAUCUGAACUUAGCUCCCUGGAGAGAAAGCGGAGAAGGGUAUCAAUUCCAGACCCCUCCUCAGCAAUCCCAAAUCAUAGGAUUUCACAGUGCCAGCUGGAUAGCCUGACUCUGCUUGGACUCACUAGGAAAUCAGCCAAACCAAGUUACCUCUCGAGUUCCUGUAUUUAAUUAUGCUUCACGUUUUUAGCCAAAUUAAUACUUUAGUGAAAAGGGACACGGGACACACUACUCCAAGUCAGAGUUUAGAGAAUGAAGGGGAGGGACAGAGAGGGUUCACAUUCUAUCCUGCUGCUUUUUAGCCAUCCUCAAAGCAUCCUGAAUUGGGUGCUCCCUUAUUCCCUUUAAAGCACUGACUACUGUAGAGUGCAAUCCCAGCCCCAGAGGUCUGGGUUUUCCUGCUGGACUGUGUCCAAGUCAUCGUCUCCCUAUUCAAAAAUCCCAGACAGUAUCUCGUGCAAGUGUGCCCAUUUACAGCUUCCUCCAUACCAGUAGACAGCAGUCUUAGAGCAGCCUUUGUUUUCUACUUGCCCUGGUAUCUUUUCUCCUGCAUUAGAAUUAAAAUUUUAUCUGGAAUAAUACUUGAACUAUUGUUUUAUGUAAAGCAUAUUUGUUUUCACUGCUUUGUUUUACAUAACCAACUCCUGUUUUAUCAGUAAUCCUUCGCCUGAAAACCUGCAAGUUAUUGUCUCUUCUCAGGAAUAUCAUUUCCCGUUGUCUUUCUGGUGUAGCCUAUGUCGAUGGGAGGUAAAUCCUUUCUGUUUUACUGCAGAAAUGUACUUAUUGUUUCCUUCUGUCUCCCUUUUAUACCAAUAUGGUUUUGCAAAGAAACUUGUUGCUAUACUGGGGAUUUUGUGUGACCAGUUUGCUGAAGCUUCCACCACUGAAGACUGAAUGUUGGCGUGCCACCUGAAGCCACUUUUGUCUCUGCUUCAUUUUGUGUGGGGCUUUGCCUAGAAGUUGAUCUUGGGUGCUGGGUCACUAUCAACAUGCCACCUGGUUCUCAGAGCUUCCUUAGGUCACACUCUCCCCACUUCUUCUUAGAAAAUAUAACUCUGCUUUUCUAUGCAUAAGGCUGAAGUGAGUACAGUGGGACAAAAGUUUUCCCGGUUGUGCUGGAUCUGGAAACGCCAAGACAAAGGAGAACCCAGGACUUGAAUUGUGACAAUUUUUCUCUUAAGUGACUAAGAAUACAGGGUGGGCAGUAUGUGUUCUUGCCAAGACUCCUUCCUACGUGACUGUCCAGCAGUUGUCACUGAAUGCGAUUGUUUCAGUACAGCAGAAAUACAACCUGUUUUCAUCUGUCAAGUACAGUCAACUUUAGAACAGUACUGGGAACCUCGGAUCCUGGCUAGGGCAAGUGUGCCCCACAAAAAUCCAGCUCGUGGCUAUGGAUUUGAUACGUGAGGGCUUUGCUCUAUCAAGAUGAUGGUCUAAUUCUUCCAACAUGUUUGUGAUCUCCCCUCAGGCUACAAGCCCUCCUUCCACCGAGGGGAAGAAAACUAACCUACCUUAAA